ACGUUUAAGAGGUCCUCAACAAUGCUAGCCCUGAAACAUUUGGUGUUCUGUCUGAGGGUUUUUGGGGUCUACGCCGACGUAGAGUUUCAAAGUUGGAAGAAACCACCGGACAACAAUCCCGACCUGAACAGGAAAGACCUUGGCGCGAUGCAGGAUGCGUGGAAGACAAUCAAGUGUAUGGCGAACCAGAGCUAUUAUCUAGUGUAUAGUAACGGGUGGGGCACCCAAGAACAUUACGAAGAUGUGACAUGCCUCCAAGUGCAAACAAGUGACCUCAAUUACACAUUGAAGAGCGCCCAAUACACAUCAAAAUGGUACAACACAAAAUCUAAAACAAUGGUAUCAAGCACACAAUAUGUUCAAGCUGUAAAACAAAAAGAUUAUAGUAUUGAAAAUAUUAUGUAUCUGGGGCAACCUCAGCGUAAAGCCACAUCACCAAAUGGAACCUGCUACAAUCUCGAUUUCAACUUCCUCUGUGAAGCAAACGGCUGUAUCAUAUAUCAUCAGGAAUGUUGGCGAAGACCCUUCAUUAAAUAUUCAGAAAAAUACGUUAUAUUUAGCAAUUCUUUUUGUCACAUACUGAGAGCACUGCAAAAUGAAGAGGACUAUGAAUCUUGUGAAUUCUGGUUGAGGGAAGAUUGGUUAAAGAAUGUGACGAUUCCCCAAGUCGUUACAAGAGCAGGAAGCGAAGAAAAUGAGAAAGAGAAGAAGGAGCUUGGCAGUUCGAGUAAAACUACGUAUUUGUAUGAUUCCUUAUUUAAGGAACUUCCGUCCAGCUGUCGAUACGCAUUUCUUCUCAACUGUGGAUAUCCGACAUACCGAAUUUAUGACAGGGAAGAUUGCGACAACGUAAAUAAAAGAGAAAAUGGCGCAUCAGAUGACGCAAACAAAUGUAAAUAACACAAACAUUUCAGCAAAUACGCCUCCCGUCUCUGGGUCGCGCAUCUCGCUCCAACCAUCAACAGCGUGUUCUUCGAAAUUUUCUUUGGUUGCUCUGUGAAUGUGAACGAGUAGAGUAUCUAAUGCAGCCAUCUGCGGAACCACACUGCGGGUGAUUUUGGACAAGUGUAGAAAGCAGCAGGACUUUGUGCUGUGUGAUAGCUCGAGAAGAAAUCUUGCACACUGCAGUGAGGAAAAAAAAAAAGACUAGUGAUGAAAAAGCAAACUAUAGCGAGGAGUACCUAAGAUAGACUGGGUGUCUGCUUUAUACAAUAAAAAUAGCAAUACAAUCAG